AUGAUCCUCCCGAGUCCCCCAAACCCACCAGUCGAGCUGGGUUCCCCUGAAGAGACACCGUAUGACCUCACCAACCUGGGCCUCCCCGCCAUCCCUGCUCUUGAUGUCCGUGAGCAAUUCAUACCGAACGGUGCGAGACCACGUUUCUCCCGGACGCAGACAGGCAAAGCCCUCAUGGCGGCCUGGCGAGACUUGAAUAUCAGGAUCAUCGCAGAAUGUAUUUCCGCCACUGCAACUGAAUCCUUCCACAUUUACCCACCGAUCCCGCCACACCCAGAGGCCUGUUUUCAGUCCCGCAGUAUUGAAAGUGAUCGGUCCACCACCGCCGCCACUUAUUGGUUCAUACGUGACAUGGAGCGUUGCAGUCACUAG